ACUUCUUAUUUGAAAUCAAUGCCCAGUACUGAACCAUGGGUUGGGUCAUGGAGACCUCACAAACCACGGGGCCCGAUUGCUGCUAUGUACAAGAGCCCGGGUCCAAAGUACUCACUGCCUGGACUCACAGGGGAUAAGGUGCACUGUUUGACCAAAUUAAAAGCACCCAACUACAGCUUUGGGACCCGUCAUGAGCUGUCCGCCUCCAACCUUUCCCCUGGACCCAGAUACUUGGUGCUUUCCAACAUCACACGAGUGGGCAGGGAUGGGACACCUGCCUUCUCCUUGCAGGGGCGCCCAAAGGACCCCAGGAUAUUCCAAGCACCUGCACCAGGACAUUAUUCCCCAGAGAAGUCAACAAAGUCCAUCUUUCGCUCUUCUCCUGCAUUUUCACUGUCGGGAAAACCCAAAGAAAGCACAAAUGGCCUUGUACCAGGCCCUGCCUCUUACCAGCUGCCUGAAGUGAUUGGUGGAAAAACUGUGGUCACCUCAUCAGCCCCCAUGUACUCACUGUGUGGACGCAGCAAAACUGGAGGCUUUGCUGAUGACUUGAGGAAGACUCCUGGUCCUGCUGCCUACAAUGUUGUGGACUCCAGUCUCUACAAAGAAAAGCCUCCUCAGUUUAGUAUGGCGGCUCGCACCUUUGCUCCAGGAGACAUCACCAAAAAGCCUGGACCUGGGGCUCACUGCCCAGAGAGGGUGACCUCAACAAGAGCUAAAGCCCCUAGUUUUUCAUUUGGACUGCGCCAUUCUGAAUAUAUUGCACCUCUCAUUGUGGAUGGGACUGAAUAA